GCUGCGGCAGCGCCGGGGCAGCGGCGGGAUGAGCCCUGCGGAGUGAGCGCGGCCCCGCCUGACGCCCCGCGCCGCUCUCGGCGCCUCCGCCCCGCCCGCCUCCGCUCUGGCUUCGGGCCCCUUCUCUCUGCGCUGCGGCGGGCGGAGGCGGCGGAAGGAGAAGCCCAUGGAGGGGAACCGGGACGAGGCCGAGAAGUGCAUCGGGAUCGCGCGGGAGGCGCUGGAGGCCGGGAACCGCGACCGCGCCCUCCGCUUCCUGAACAAGGCGCAGAAGCUCUACCCGACUGAGACGGCCCGAGUUUUGUUGGAAGCUAUUAUGAAGAAUGGAAGCACUGCUGGGGGAGGCGCUUACUGCCGAAAACCAGCCAGUAACAGUGAUCAAAGUAAGCCCAACAGCACGAAGGAGAACAAUGCAUCUGCUGCAGGUGAAAGUGGAAAAGGCUACAACAAAGACCAAAUGGAAGGAGUACUAAGUAUAAAGAAAUGUAAAAAUUAUUACGAAGUCCUUGGAGUGUCAAAGGAUGCAGGUGAAGAAGACCUAAAGAAGGCUUAUAGAAAACUUGCUUUGAAAUUCCACCCUGACAAAAACCAUGCACCUGGAGCAACAGAGGCUUUUAAAAAAAUUGGAAAUGCGUAUGCUGUGCUGAGUAAUCCAGAGAAACGAAAGCAGUAUGACCUUACAGGCAGUGAAGAGCAAACCUGCAAUCACCCUAGCAAUGGCAGAUUCAACUUCCAUAGAGGUUGUGAGGCAGAUAUUACUCCAGAGGAUCUGUUCAACAUGUUUUUUGGAGGGGCCUUUCCAACAGGUAGUGUACACUCAUUUUCUAAUGGUCGUGCUGGCUACAGCCAUCCAAACCAGCACCGUCAGAGUGGGCACGAGAGGGAGGAAGAGAGGGGUGAUGGAGGUUUCUCUAUGGUCAUUCAGCUGAUGCCUAUUAUUGUGUUGAUCUUUGUCUCCUUGUUGAGCCAGUUGAUGGUAUCUAACCCUCCUUACGCCUUAUACCCAAGAUCAAGUACAGGGCAGACCAUAAAAAUGCAGACAGAAAAUUUGGGUGUCAUUUAUUAUGUCAAUAAGGACUUUAGAAAUGAAUACAAAGGAGUGUCAUUACAGAAAGUGGAAAAGAGCGUGGAAGAAGAUUAUGUAUCCAACAUUCGUAAUAACUGUUGGAAGGAGAGGCAACAAAAAACAGACUUACUUUAUGCAGCAAAAGUCUAUCGAGAUGACCGGCUCCGAAAGAAAGCAGAGUCCAUGUCCAUGGAGAACUGCAAAGAACUAGAACGGCUGACCAGCCUCUACCGAGGAGGAUGAGCUACAGUUACACACACAUCUUACCUAUGCUGUUAUCUCUCCUGAAACUGAGAAGAGAUUUAGUUUCACCAUGGAUGUUGGAAAAGAGGGUGGAUGUAAAACUCUACUGUGUAGCUGUUUCCAGAAACCUUAUGCUGAAAUAUCAUUUAACGGCUUCUUUACCUACUGUGAAAUAUAGGUAACUUUAAUUGUUUAGAUUUUACUUCAAAGCUUCUGUGAAUUCUUUCAGCAGAGAGAAUAGCUCAGAAAGGAUGCUAUACUUAUAGAGACUUAGUCAUAGUGGUUCUCCUCUAACAUAUUUGCCAUGUAAAUAUCUGUGGAAAGAACUCUUUGUGUAUAUAUGAGUUAAAUGACUUUCUAUUUAAAAAUCUCAGAAAUUUAGUUCCAUAUUACAUUUUGUCUCACUGAUGGAAUAAAUGGUAUGAUUACAUCACUCCUAUUCA